AUGCCGCCACCCAAGCAGCUAUCAUACCAAGUCCAAUACUGGAAAAAGCCCAUGGGUAUUAAUGAUCAUCACAACUUCCCAAUCUCCGAUACUGCGGCAGCAGAGAUGAGGCAAAAUGCCACUCAAAACCUCUCGAGACUCCCAGGCCAGCUCCACCAACUGGCCGUCGGCUCAACAUGGGAAAGAUCUUCAGAGCAGAGCAUGAGGGAGUACCAGCUUUUAGACUAUGCUGCGCAAAACAUUGACAUUUUGAAAGCGAUGAACAUCAGGGACAGAGAUCGAAACCAGGAAGAAGCCAGUAGAAAGAAGAAGGAGGAAGCGCCUGGGGUGCUAAAUGCGAUCAAGUAUUGGGUAUGUCCGCAAGAGAUGAAGAAAACGAGAAACGACAUGCGAAAAUUGAGGGAACGCGGUCGCUACGCCCGUUGCGUGAAAGACUGCAUGCCGGAAAUCCUCGAUGGGACUGACAUGCGGUGGUCUGGCACGCCUGACUUCGUUUACGUAAUGAAGAAUGUGGAAUGGAUCAUGGAAAAGGCGCGAGCGACAGCCACAAAGGUGCAGACGGAUAAUCCAGACGGCCACUGGGCUAUCGAGCUUCUCAAUUUUUACUCGGAUAGCUGGAUUGUAUGGCUCGAUGAUUUCAAUGAGAAUUUUCAGACUAAUUGGUAUGAUCUUGACAAGAAGAUCGAGGGUGCGAAGCAGAGAGCUGAAGUAGCGGAGGAGAUUGUCGAAGAGAUCGAGAAGGAGAGGAGGAUGCGGAUGCCAGUUGGACUUGCAUGGGGAUUGGCGUCAGAGAAUUUCAGAGAAAGAGAUCCGGAGAUCGCGCUGCAGAGUUUACUAGAAAAGUCAGAAAGUGCCGUCAAUGAAAUUUGUAGCAAGUCACAAGAAGAAAAUCGUAAUGAUCAGGCUUGCGAAGAAGAUGAAGCUCAGAAGGAGGACAAACAGAGCUUGCGUAGCUGGCCAGAACUGGUGGUUGCACAUGGGGGAGAAGAUCUAGGGCUUGGGGGCGACAGAUCGGCGGAGCUCGCUGCUAUGUAUCGCAAAUUCGUGCCGAUGGUCUUAAUGAGGAGAUGCAGGAAGGAAGGAACAUUGCGAAAACUGCAGGUCCGAGCGCGGGAGCAAGUACAAGAAUCAAGGAUUGCGCCGAGAGCAAUAUGA